AUGUUGUGUCGUGUAUUAAGUGCGCGACGUGUGGCCAGUCUGCUUCUUAUUCUCCUACUUCCCUACUUACUUCAGAAUCUACGGAUCUGGUUGUCUCCAAGGUCCUUGGUCUCUCCUGCUAACAAGCAGUCUGGCUUCUUCCACGUUGAAAAGGAUGAAAAUUGGCGACUGAAAUUCCAGGGAACAGCUAACCCGGAUGUUGUGGACGACGUGGCCGAAUGGCUGGGAGUGGGCAAGCUUGGAGAGAAGGGAUUGUGUGCACCGGGAAGUUUUAGACUUGCCACAAUGGAAACUUGUAUGCCAUGGCUUGGGUGCCAAGAGAUGUCUGACGAAGUGACCGUACAGAACAUGUUCGCACGUGGAAAGAGGAAGAAGGUUUACAACGCUACCUGGAGAGGCCACACCGUGGCGUACAGCAACCUGAGUAACACUCAGUACACUCCGCACUUCCUCCGUGAUGUAGAGAUGCUGCGGAACAUGCAGCCGACUUCUCACGUAGUGCAGCUGGUGGGAUCGUGCAACGCAACUCUCCUCACACAGUAUCACAGACUCGGAUCUGCAUCUAAGAUUGAUAAAAUCAUCCUAGAUAGGAAGUCAAACGAUGUUCGGACAAUAUUUAACGUGGCUAUAAGUUACAUAGAGGCAAUACAUUUCCUCCACAAUAGUCCAAUCGGCACAAGAGUCAUGACUGACUCGGUACAACUCCGACAUGCUCUAUCCCAAUUUCUCGUCACAGAUGAUCUUAGACUUGUCUUAAACGAUUUGGAUGAUAUUCCAGAAGUAAAUCCGGAAGAAAAUCUUUUUAUCAAGUGUAGGAGUACACGCAAUAAUUCCAGUUUUAUUGCACCUGAACAUCGACGUUUUCCAUUAGAUCGACCAAGAAUGUCUGCCUGUGAUGAAAAAUCUGACAUUUGGAAAAUACCACCUGUUGUCGACUUCUUACUAGGAAAUGUAAAUGGAAGUGAUGUUGUCAGAUCACACUUGUUCGAAGUGCACCAACGGUGUCAAAACUUGGACCCAAAGCAACGACCAAGUGCCAAGGUAGUAUUGAAGGAGUACAAAAGGAUUAGAAAUAUGCUUUUCCCCGAAUAAAGGCCCAAUAAAAAGCGUAAUCAUUGGGGUAGUGAAUAUUUUCUGAAAGAAGUACGUAGACCGUUUUAUUUGAGGCUGAAAGAUCGAGUAGUAAAGGGGGCCAUUUACAUCAGGGGCAACAACCUUCUCUCAACAGGGACGGGGGCGAUAUCAACUUUCAACAACCUUUGACCAAUUGAUAACAUCAUGCAUACGAUAGGUCACGUGUCCAGAGCAAUUGGGUGGAGAAGGGUGAACACUGAACAGUUGAAGAAAUUCCGAUUAGUUAAUUUUUAGUUCAAGAAUUUAGUUUUCUCCGUAAUGUACAAACUCAGAUUAACAUUCAUGCCAAAGAAAGGUCGGCAUUUUAGUUGCUGAAGCAUUUUUGCACAGUGUAAGGCAUUAUUCGGUGACCAUGGUUGCACAUAAAGAAGUAGCAUGUUGAAAUCAAAAAAGGCAUGAAG